CGCACACAGAGCGAGCUGGCAGAGAGCUGCUGGCCGCCCCACCACCGCCGCUCCAAUCGGACGCGCGUCUGCGUCUGUCUGUAUGUACUCCGUGCGUUUUAGCCGCGGCAUAAUAACAAGCCCCCCGUCGUCGUUUCAUCAGUUGAAACGAAGAAGCGUGUUGUGCGUACAGCGAAAUUCUGAGGCCACCGAGUGGAGGGAUCUUAGUUUUCAACCACCAACGCACCGCAACGGUACACCCGAGUCCUCAAGGACGUUAUAUUCGGAGAGCAGUAUACAAUCGGUACUAUACGCAUCUACUGCCUGCUUUUCCAGUGCAGCGCAAGUGCAGCGAUACGAAUACAAAUAAAAGCAACGAAAAGGAAGCCAGAGCAGCUCAGUACUACUCGUGCAGUGUUUAUCGUAACGACUCCGUCUGUAUAUAAGAAGGGACAUCGACGACACAAGCGUGUAACGUGACGAAUAAGCGCAGCAUCCCAGAUACACAGCAGCAGCAGCAGCAGCCGCUCUCGACGUCCUAAAAACAGUGCAUCGCUAUUCCGACACAAUAAACAAGGCAAAAUGGAUCUUGUUUACAUCCCGGAAAUUUUGAUUCACGGCUCGUUCCGCAAUCCAGCCGCUCGGGACUACGAGAUGCCCUGGAACGAGAAUUACUUCACGCAAAACAAAAAAUACGCACCGCAGCCGAAGCUGACGGCGGAGCAGAGGCACCACCAGAUGAAGAUGCUGCAGGCCAAGCCUCCGGCGAAGAAGGUCAAGUGCGACCUGUGCAAGGAGGCAAAACGGCGCAGCUUGGCCACCUACAUCAGGGGCAAGUCGCGCAACAGCAGCUGCGGCAACAUCUGCGAGGAGCAAGAGGAGGAAGAGGAGAUCGAGGAAUCCCAACAGCAACAACAGAACGAGCAGCAACAAAAGACACAGCUGGCGGCGAAAGACACGCAGAGCGCAAAGUGCGCCAAGCAAAAGGCGUGAAGCGACGACGACGUCGACGGCGCGAGGAGAAAGAGCAACAAUAACAGCAGCCACAGCAACAAUAACAACAACAAAAGAGCGCGCGUCUCGUCGUUACCUGCCUCCGCGGCGCGAGCGAGCGGAAAAUUUUCCCGCCGCCGCGGCCGCUUCCUCCACAGUUCCGAGAUAUUUAUUAUUGUUAUUACUAUUGCAAAAGCACAUGCCGCUGCGUGUGCACUUCCAGAACCAACGUCCUCUUAUCCGUAUCUCUGACGAAUGACGAUGAUGAAUAUGGUGUUUUUGUACAUACAACAUAAUGGCGCGCGCGCGCGCACCCAACUUCCCUCCCGUACAGUGUUCUAUAUAAUACCGUAUCGUUUUCUUCUUUUUUUUUCGCUCGCCUCUUUCUGUCCUUUACGAUAUUAUUAUUCUCUUUUUAGCCUUGAUAAGACUGAUUGUAUAACGCGCUUUGAGAGCUCAACGAAAAUCUCUGUUACGGCCUUUUAGCGGGGGCCUCGAGUUGAGGAACAAAGCGAGUUUGUUAGACUCGUAAGUUUGAUGUAGAUUUUAAGAUUUUUUUAUAUAUAAUAUUAUAUUAUAUUAUAUGCGUACAUAAGAGGAAGCUUCGAUGUAGAUACAAAAUCAUUUCAAUGUGUUCGUUUCUUUCGAUGUACAAAUUUUGUCAAACUGUCGCGGCUCUUUUCGCUCAUAACGGAGAAAACAAAAAUACCGAAAGUUUAAUUAUCGAUUGUAAAAAGUAACAGCAUUGCGUACGAAAUAUUUUCUGCCUGCGAAUAAUAAAACUUUCUCACUGUCGUCUUUUACACCGACUUUAUUUUUAAAAUUAUUGUGAACACGCGUUAUAUGUACUACGAGCAUGUGCGUUUGAUUAAUUAAUACUGCCUGUUUCGAUGAAGAAAAAAAACGUAGUCAUUUUCGGUUGAUUAUAAUCGUUGUGUGUACAUAUUACGAAAAAGCUCGAUGGAUUUGCGUACGAGAUAUCCCGGAAGCUCUAUAAGUGUACUGAACUGCAGAUAUUUUAAUGAACCGUUAAAAAUCUAUGUACAGUGUUUACAUCUCUAUUAUGGGAAAAAUGCAUAGUUUUAUACCUUGUACUUUUUAAGCUGUUGACAAAUUACAAAAACAACUUCGUCUAAUUAAUGAUGUAUUUUGAAUCAUAGUAGACAUAAUUGAAUCUAAGAUUAUAUUAUUGUAUGUGUAAAUUAUAAGUACUAAAAGAUACAAUUAUAUGUAUUUAUAUAAGAGAGAUAUAAAGAAAGUAAAAGAAUGAUUACAAAUAAUAAA